AUGGCGCACCGACUGAGCCAGGAUCCACGAGGCGAUCCUCUCUCCGACCUGCGGUUCUCGCUGGAGAUCAUGCCAGGCUCCAGGAAAUACGUCUUCACGCCGGCCGCUAGGGCAGAGAUUUUGACGAAACUGUACGCAUCGCUUAUGGGCAGCGGCGGCAACCAAAAGUACUUUCUGCCCAAAGGCGUGAACAACGUUCCCCAACACCAGUUGCUGAGCGAGUACCAGGCGUCUGUGGGGUUCUCUGGGGCUGGCAAGGACGACGACCAGAUCGUACCCGGACGCCCGUGCGGUCACAUUUUCAAGAAAGGAGAGAGCUGCUAUCGAUGCAAAGAUUGUGCAUUGGACGACAGCUGCGUGCUGUGUGCUCGAUGUUUCCAUGCGGCGGACCAUACAGACCACAGCGUGAGCUUCUUCAUCGCCCAGCAGCCUGGCGGGUGCUGCGAUUGCGGCGACGAGGAGGCUUGGAGGAGGAACCCGAAUUGCAAGCUGCACCCAUAUACGACUUCGACGGCGCCGUUGACGAUCCCCGCUGGGCCCCUUUCGAAUGAUUUACCACCGGUUUCGCCGUUGCUGCAGAAUCUACCGCAGGCAUUGAAGGACUCGAUGCACAGGACGAUCGGAUACGCCCUCGAUUUUCUCCUCGACACGCUCGAUUUCUCGCCGGAUGAGAUCACGGUGCCGCUGAACGAGGCUGAUCUCAGGCUCCAGCCGUCAGCAGACCCGAUGAUGAAGGAUGUCUAUUGCGUCGUACUGUGGAACGGGGAUAAGCACACUUUCGACGAGGUCAAGACUGUGAUUUUGGACUUGACGGGCAAGGGGCAUAGUCCGGAAAGGGUGAAGGAGGUUGAGGGGAUGGUGAAGACGCUGGAGAGCGACGGGAGAGUCGUGGUGGAUAUGAACGUUGUCAACACCUCCCAACCCCUUUCCGCCGGACCGCACGGUGGGCAACCACAACAAGCCAAGCUGCUCGACAUGGCGCACUCGAUGGCGCAAAUCGAUUUGGGCGUGACGAUCCGGAGGGCGUACGACACCUUUUGCGAGCAGGUGGGAGCGGUUAUCAUUGAGUGGCUGUUGGACCUUACGAGAGCGCGACUAGGCCCGGAUACGAUGGCGCUGAAGGAGGUGCUAGCAAAGGAGCUGAUGAUGCCCAGACGACGGGACGCGUUUACCCUUGGGAUGGCGGGGUUGUCCAAGGCGCCGGGCGGGAUGGCUUUGCCUACGUCCGCGGUGAACCUCACGGAGAUCCCGAAUGCGACGAGGAUCGAUUAUAUGUUCGUCUACCACAGUCGGCUUUGGAAGAAGCUUCGGUUGAGUCUGAAGGAGGUUUAUGCUUCGUUGCUCUCGUUGAGCAAGACGCACAAGUUCUCAAUAGCUGGCCAUUUCGCCAACACGUACCAUCGUAUCACGGAUACCUAUCUGCUCACAGAUCGCGAGGCGGAGACGUCUAUCAAAUACUUUGCGCUACAACUCUUCACCGUUCCCUCCAUCUCCGCCCACCUUGUCAAGAACCACAAGAUCAUCACCAACCUCCUGAACCUACUUGCAUGUUUCUUCACCAACCAGAUAAACCGACCCGGGAAACGCGUCGUCGUCCCCAUCGGUGGUCAAUCGCAACAGAACGCAUUGACCAAUAUGCCGUACUUCCCUGUCACAGGGGGCGGUGUGCUCUUUGGCGCUCCCCCGCCCACUGCAACGGCCGGUGGUUCGACGAGUGCCCCGCCAACGCUUCCCUUCCCUCUUACUGGUCAUCCACCAGGACAUCCUGGAUUCCAUCAACAACCUGCGGCGCAUCAAGCUCUGCAGCAUAUGCCUCACCAGCCUGUCAUGGAUGUCGAUUCGUUCCCGUUCAAAUCGAAGAGGUUUAUGCCUAUCUUUAGUGACCUCCGGUAUCUCAUGCAUACUGCGCCUGUUCAGGCGUUGCUCACGGAACCCUCGAAUAUCAUUGUCACGAAUGGACAACCUCAAAUCACCGGCCAUCUUGCCUACCUCGUUCCCUUCACUCAGACCUGUCAGCUCUUCAUGUGUGCACAAUCCAACCGACGCGCAGUCAACGUCCACGUUGAAUAUGAAUCCGAUGCCUGGAUCAGCGUGUUCAACGUCACUCUGAGCCUUAGCAGGGUGAUUAAAGUGGUUGGUGGUGCCUAUGCCAAUACCAGCAACACGGUACAGCUGGUGGUGGAAGGAGACCCGAAGCCUUUGGUAGCACCUAGAGGCCCGAGGGAGGUGGUUGAGGCGUUGGAGGUGGUGAUUACCUGUUUGAUUGGGGUGUGUAGAAGUAAUGGAGGGGAUGUUCCGGUUGCGAAGGAUCCGCCUUUGCUUUUGGCUGCGUUGCAUCGGGGUCAUCAACCAGGGUACAACCAAAACUAUUACUUCAAUCCCGCGUUUCUGGCGAUGGACAAGAGCAAGUUUGGCACGAUCAAGUACCACAAUGUGGUCUUUGGUGCCGGAUUCAAGGAUGAAGAGACGCGAGCGAGGACCAAGACGUACGAGGUUGUCCGGUUCGACGUUGCGGAGGGAUGGGUCAGCUUCCACCAUUCGUUGCAUUGGUUGCUUGCGGAACUGUUCAAAUCGACGCAUUUGCUUUCGGAGGAGAAGUUGAGAGAAGAGUUUGGGGGUACGGAGUUUGAUGAGUAUAGGAGUGUUCGGGAUGUUGUGUUGAGGUGUGCGGGAGGGGAGAAGGCGGUUUUGGCCAUUAUUGAUUUCCCUUUGCGAGUUCUGGCUAUGGUUGCACAAAUCCGUGUUGGUCUAUGGGUCAGGAACGGCUUCGCCAUCCGCGGCCAGCUCAUGCAUUACCGGGACUAUAUGCUUCGAGAACUCUGCUUCGACCAAGAUCUGUUCAUGCUCCAAUCGGCCUUGAUACUCCUUGACCCUGACAUCGUACUUGUGACCAUCCUUGACCGGUUUAACCUCAUGGCCUACUUCAACGGUGUGGCGAUGGAUGAAAGCGACGAGGAAGAUGGGGAGGAGGAUAUCAGCGGAGCUAUGGACGAGGACGGCAAGGAAGGGAAACCCGGCAAGACCAGCCCGUACAACACCAACUACGAGGACAUCUCCCAUUUGUGCGGGAUGGUGGAAGAGCUUCUAUUCGUGCUGAUCACCAUGGUCAGCGAGAACGCUGCUGCCUCGCGGAUGCCUGUCCCUUCUGCUGUGCGAAGGGAGAUCGUCCAUGCGCUGGCUAUGGGCCCUUGUGGGUUCUCCGAGUUGACGAAGAGGGUGGCGGAGAGGUUUGGGGAUAAUAUCGCCUUUGAGAGGAUUUUGAGGGAGGUGGCGAUGUUCAAGCCUCCGGAGGGUGCUACGGAUGUGGGUGUCUAUGAGUUGAAGGAGGACGUGUUGUUUGAGGAGGUUAAUCCCUUCUUCUUCCAUUACACCCGGAAUAGGAGGGAGGAGGUGGAGAAUAUGUUGAGGGCCAAGACGAAGAAGCGGUUUGCGAAGGAGGGGAAGGGGGAUCAGGAAUGGGUGUAUGUCCCGAAGAAGUUUGGGGUGACGGAGGGCCCGUAUAAGGAUAUACCGAGGGUGUUUGAGAGCGAGGUCUUUUUGCAGAUCUUGUUCUAUACGGUUUACAAUGUCCUCGUUCUGACGGAGUCGUCGGGUGGGCAGGCGGCGCCUGCUGCUGCCCCCGCCGGUUCUGGUCAGAGCAAUGGAGGUACGGGUGGCACAGGUGGUGCGAGUGGGAAUGGAGGUGCUGCACCUCCUUCAGCAUCGGGUACCCCACCAUCGGCGGAAGCUAUCCUCGAUCAAGUCCUGCAUCUCAUCAUGCUCGGUCUCGUCGAACGCGAAGAAACAUUAUCGAAACUCGCUGCCUCCAAGACGUUUGAAGAAGACAGGACUCUGGUGGACGUCGUUUGUGCAUUGGAAUACCACGAUCAGUACAAGAAUUAUCGUGCUCGUGUGCAAUGGAUCCUCGACAGGAUGGCUAAACAUGCUCCGGACGCUGUCAAGGAGAGACGCAAGGCCUACGAUUCGUUGAAGCCUGCUGUGGACCCCGAGGAGGCGAGGAAGAAAGCGGCCAAAGCGAGGCAGGAGGCGAUUAUGCAGCAGAUGAAGGCCCAGCAGAACCAGUUUGCGAUCAAUUUCGACGAUUUGGACGAUGAAGAUGACGAGGGGAGUGCGAUGUCGGUGGAUGAGGAGAAUGGGGAGGAAGUGGAAACGGAGAUCAGCUUUGGGACGUGUAUCGUUUGUCAGGAGGAUCUCAGUACUGGUGGGAAGAGCUUUGGUGCACUGGGUCUUGUGCAGCCUAGUCGGUUCAUCAGGCGACAUCCGGAUAGUUCACAUCAUACGUACCUGAACGAGGUCCUUGGUAUGGUCACCAACCUCGAUCGGGCGGCUGCUCCUCCGACGCAUCAUACGUUCCCUCCGCCAAACGCCGAUGUUCUGGACGCCAAAUCGACGAACACGACGCAGAAUUUUGAAGGUUUCCCUGCGAGUUAUACGCGCUUUGGUCUCGUCACGUCAGUUUGUUCGCAUAUGAUGCAUCUGGAGUGCUUCCAGGUGUAUAGUGUUUCGAUUCGACAACGGCAUCGUGCGCAGGCGACAAGAAAUCAUCCGGAGAGCAUACCGAGGAAGGAAUACAUCUGCCCGCUGUGCAAGAGUUUGGGCAAUGUCAUUCUUCCCGUCGUAAAUCCCUCUCGGGUCAAGAUGAACACGACUCCCUUCGCCGAUUGGAUCCGCGCUGCUGGGAUCAAUAUCCUCAAGUCUAAACCAGAUCCUCACCUCGACUCGUUGCAGAUUCGGAAUGGGACAGGGGAGUUUGUGUUCUGGGCGGCUCAGGAUCCUGGGUAUUCGAGUGCGGUGAGGGGGAAUAAUGGGGAGGGGAAGCCUGAGGUGUUGGAAGCUGCGAAGAUGGUCGAUACGGUGAUGGUGGUUUCCAAGUCGUUCUCGCAGCAGACGAGGCAUCUUCGGGAUCGACCUGAACCUGAUCCCGGAGAGCGUGGAGCGGGCCUUUACCUUCCGGAGGAAUUGCUGGGGUAUACGAUCGCGCAGAUCGAGAGUGCGCAGAGGGGAGUCGAGGUACCGGGUGGCGGGCUGAUUGCGGAUAACCUCUCGGAAUCGCAGACGCGGAUGAUUAGGGGGAUUGUUUCCAUAUUGGGUCGGUUGGUGGCGUUGCAGUUUAAGGGGAGGCCAGAUGAAGGGCGUGAUGCCGUGCGUCAGGCGAUUGUCAAGAGGCUACUGCCAGAAUGGAGUCGGACGUCCCUGACUUCGUACCAUAUCCCUUUACUCCUACGCGAUCCGUUCACCAUCCUGGCCGAAGCAGCAGCCGUUGCACCCGACAUCCUCAAACACGUCCUCAUCCUCACCUACUACGCCUGCCUGGCACGGUCUGUCGUGGGCCUUGUCUACAUCCUCAACAAGACCAGGAGCUAUUCCAUCACCCAGAUACCAAGGCGGGCCCAUGAAGAGAUUUUCGGUGACGUUCGCAUGUUCUUCAUGUCUGUCGUCCGGCAUUCCCCUGUCUUCGAGCAUACAGCAACACUCGCGUUCGAAACGUUUGGCGAGGCGCGGAUGGAGAAGCUUUUGUAUUCUUUCACGCUACCCUUCCUUCGAAGAGCUGCCAUCCUUUGUCGGUCGGUACUCCCUUCGGCAUUCCCUACUCCCACUUUUGGAUCAAACCAACCCUGCGAAUACACCCGACUGCUGAAGAUGUUGGGUAUCCCGCCUUUAUCGGAACUCCCCGCCCACGACACAUUACAAAACGCGCUCUCGGGAUGGUGUGCGCAUUAUGGGCAUAUGGUCACCCUUUCUCAGAUGAACUGCGGUGUUCUCCUCGAUUUCCCCGGUAUCUACAAAUUGGCGAGGUUACCGUUGGUUCUGGACACCAUGUUCAUGCUCCCGGAGAAGGUCUUGACUUGCAACCGCUGUAACACGGUUCCGAAUGAUGGUGCAAUCUGCCUGCUCUGUGGGACGAUCGUGUGUUUCCAGAGUGGAUGUUGUGCUGAUGUGGAAUAUAACGGGAGGGGAGAGUGUAAUUCUCAUACGCGAGAGUGCGGUGGGAUGAUUGGUUUGUACUACCUCAUUAAGCGGGGGACCCUGUUGUACCUCAAUGCCGGGAAUGGAACGUUCUACCCUUCACCUUAUCUUGACGUCCAUGGGGAGGCUGACCUUUCGAUGCGACGCGGGCGGAGGCAGUAUCUCCACUACCCGAGGUAUGAGGAGGUACGGAAAGUAUGGCUGAACCAUGGUAUUCCUACGAUUGUAGCGAGGAAGUUGGAGAGUACGUUGGAUUCGGGUGGAUGGGAGACGCUGUAG